AUGGCGUUUCUCGAAGACCCGCGCCUCCGCCAGCGCUGGAACCAGAUCUCGCAUACCACCGAGGCUGUAACCGAGAAUGCCGCCGCCGGCAUCUGGAGUUUUGGCCAUAGAUAUAUCAACCCCUGUCUGGAAUCCGUAGGGGCCUGCGUUGAGAGCUGCGCUGCGCCUUGUCUGGGCGAUCGCGAGGACCGAGCCCGGAGGAGAAGGGAUCGUGAAGCAGCAAGGGGCAACGCCGAGUACAGCUUCGACUUCUACGAUGACUGGGACGAGGACCUGGGCGGUGAAGAUCACGGUGGCUUCAUGGGCGGCUGGCGGAAUGAGGACUGGGAUCGCUUGAUCGGUGGCAGUGGCAAAGCCAAACGGGGGGAAGCUGGUGAGGUCCAAGAACAGCCUCGCGGCAGGAAACGCGGCAUGAGCUAUGGUACGAGAGGAGCGCGGCGGAAAUCCAGCAUAGCCGAAGACCCGACCAUCAUCCCCAGCACCCAACCUAUCGGCUUUCUGGGAAAAUUGCCAUUCAAGAUCGGGGGUACUUUACGAUAUAAGCCUAGUGCGGCGAAUCUACAGGAACACCCAGGAUCCUCGCGGCAUCACGAUGGAGAACAGGAACCGCUGCUCGGACGCGAUGACGACUACCACCCCGAGGAACCACUACCGCAGACUAGGAAACGGAGCGGGACGACAGGAAGUGGAGAUACCAGUGAUUCCUAUCGGUCCAGAGGAGACCUGUUCCCGAGCGACGGCGAGGGUGAGGAGGAUGCCGUGCCGCUCGAUGAUGAGUUUGCAGUCGCGCUCGAUCGAGUGGACGAUAGGUCAAGCAACAGGACCAGGAGCAGUAAAGGAAAAAGGACAGCAAGCUACGGUAUUGCGCGCAGUGGAUCACGAACCACUAUGGACUCGACGUACUCCCGGCCCAGUUCCCUGAGACCGGCACACAGCCCAAUGUUCGAGGCCGAAGAUCCUACUCUGAGAUUCACCCCAUCGCUAGAUGACCUUCAGCAGGAGGAAGAACAAGUUCGGCUCGAGGAAGACGAAGAGGUCGAGAAGAAGAGGCAGGCGGCAGCGCAAUUAGCGCUUCAACGCGGAUUACAUCGCGACCAUGUUGAAGUCGAGUCCGUAGCCGAGGCCAAACCGGAGAUGGUUGAGGUUGAGGAAAUUCCAAUGCCAGAAGAAGCCGAGCUGGCCGACACUGAAAGUCUCGCAGCCGCGCCGACCCCGACAGCAGCGGAGGAGGGCCAGACCUCGGCACCUAGCGCCGGAAGUUCCGACCCAUCCGGAGACAGCUUCGUUCCCGCCCGGCUCCCCUACUUCCGGUGA